AUGCUUCCCUCAGGCUCACCUUUGCUGUUGCUGCUUCUGGUCUGGUUGCCCAUGAGCCUCCAAGGCUGCCUGCAGUGUGACCCAAAGUUCAAGGAGAAUCUGGCUAAGCUCCGGACGGAGGUUGUGCCACGCCAGAUCCACGACUCUCGCCUCAAGAAACGCGCUGAAGAGCUUCUUGAAGGUCUCGAGGGAAAUUUUUUCCUACACUACGCCAACAGCCAGUUUUCUGGCUUGGCAGUUAAGAGUAAAGUUGAUGCCCUGAUCCAUGAGGUGAGGUUCAGCACAGAAAGUCUGCUUCAAACCCGCCUGAAAGACCAGGCUCUGCUGGAAGAAUUGGUUGGAUUCCGAAAGAAAACGACCAUGAAGCUCAAGCAGGCAUUAAAGGAACACCAAAUAAAAGCUUGUGACAAGGUGGCCUGUGUCUGGCUCAAAUAUAAAGUGCUUAAUUGCAAAGGAUGCCAAGAGAUCCAUGCUGUUUGCUUGACGCUAAGUCAGUGUUUUGUUGAUGCCCAGGAGCGCUUGUCCCUUCGCUUUGGAAAAUCCCUAAAGGACCUUAACAUUGCCCAAAAUGGAGUCGCCAUUGUCCUGUGUAUGGGUGGACUGCUCUUUGUGGUGAUCAUAGCCGUGAUUCUUAGGUACUGGAAAAACCGACUCUUGGAAUACAUUUAG